UUGUCAAACCGGCUAUUCCAAAACAUUUCGCACGUGUUUUGCUGAGUGUAGUUUUGUGACUAGAAGGUAAUUGUUAACAGCAGUGAAAUGAAAAAGAAAAGCCGAAAGCCUCAAUAUAAACAAAAUCGCGCAAAGGUGGUUGCACCGGUUGAAGAUGAGCCAGCUGCGAUUAAGAAUGCUCCUCACACGUUCGUUAUACGACGCGGAGAACGAUGCGCGUCGGUUGCACGAUUGUCUCGCGAUUUCCGUCGUAUGAUGGAACCCUUCACUGCGUCGAACCUACGUGAGCGACGCUUUAACAAGGUGAAAGAUUUUGUGCAUUUAUCCGGAUUUUUCCACGUUUCACACAUGUGCGUGUUAUCGUUGUCAGCGCAAACGCUGUCGCUAAAAAUUAUGCGUAUGCCGAAGGGCCCAACGCUCACGUUCAAGGUGCACCAGUACACGCUGGCAAAGGAUGUUAUUAGCAACGCGCGUAAGCAAUUUGUGGACGAAGAAUGCUUCCAAACGCCACCGUUAGUCAUUUUAAACAGCUUCGCCGGAGAAGGAAAACACAUGAAGCUAAUGGCGAGCACGUUUCAGAACAUGUUUCCGCCAAUUAAUCUGUCCCAGAUAAAGCUUUCAACGAUGAAACGUUGCGUGUUGCUGUCAUAUAAUCCGGUGAGCAAAUUGAUUGAUCUACGGCAUUAUUCAAUCUCAGCGGUGCCGGUAAAUUUGAACCGAGGCGUCAAGAAACUUGUUACGCGCAACAUACCCAACCUGGGACGAUUCGAGGAUAUAGCUGAUUUCGUGGAGAAAGGGCAUCUGCUUUCCGAGUCGGAAGUGGACGAUGAAGAGGCGCACGUAGUUCUAGCACAGAACCUGAAGUGUGGAAAUUUGGCCGAAAAUCAAUCAUCAUUACGCCUUCACGAGAUUGGUCCACGCAUCACGAUGCGGCUGAUGAAGAUAGAGGAUGAUCUUAUGACGGGUGAGGUGCUCUACCACGACUACAUCGAAAAAGAUCCUAUCGAAGUGGAAGCCAUUCGAAAGAAGCGAGCUCAGCAGCGUAGGCUAAAGGAACAGCGUAAACGUAAGCAGGAAGAAAAUUUGAAAAAGAAGGAAAAAGACAAGGAGCAACACCGUGCCAAGACGUCGAAACAGGCCAAGGCUGGUGAAAUUACGGAGCAGGACAAACUGUUACUGAAGGACGCAGAGGAAGCGGUGGGCGAUGUAUCGGAUGAAGACGAUCGCGAAUACUAUCGCAAGGAGAUCGGUGACAAUCCGGAUGAAGAGCUGUUCGAAUCGGCCGGGAGUGGCAAUCGUAAGCGACCUUUCAUUCCAAAGGGAUCGAACUAUUCGCUUAAGCCGAAGAAGCCUCGUCUGGAUAAACGAAAACAAUACGAGGAAGAUGAUCGGAUGGCAAGACAGGAUAACAAACGCAGAAACAACGAAGGGAAAGAGAUGAAGGGUAAGGGCAAAUUCGGCAAAAAGGGCAUGAAGGAUGAUUUUAAGGGGAAAUCAAAGUAUAACAACGGAUCUAAGAAAACGAAAGGCGGACCGAAAAAGGCCAGUGGUAAAAAAUCGUCCAAACGAAAGUAAUUAUCAAUAAAUCUUUAUUACCUGCGUUCUCUUCAGGUAAA